GUUCUGCGUUGUCACCUGUGAAGCGCCCACCUUCCCCGGCUGACGCGCACACCCACUCCCCGGACAAAUAGAGAAAUCAGUGAAAUGUGAGGAGGAAGAAGAAAAAGGCCGAACAUGCGCGAUUUACUGACUCUCUUUGUCGAGGCGAGCUUGGCCAAAGGAGAGUGGCUAGCAGCCCUCAACGUCCUGCCGAAGACAACAACCACCGCUGCUGCACAGCAUCUGGAAGCGCAGAGUGGCUUGUCCGCGCACUACCACCACAUAGCUCGCAUUCUAGUCGAAAAUGGGAACUGGUUAGCCGCGCUUGCCGCACUGCGCUGUGCCCCGUCGCCGUUGCCUUCCCCCUCCACCUCCCCGUCGGGCUGCACCUACAGCAGUGCCUACUUGGAUGCGCGGGUGCGGGUGUACCACGACCUGCUCCUCCGCUACUACAAGGAAAAAACGGCCGAACUGGACGGCGAUGCGCCGCCUGCGUCUACCUCGCCUGCCCAACCGGCCAGCCCCAACGCAGCAGAGUGGGAGAAAACCCUGAUGGGGGCUUUGGCGCUGGCGGCGGAGGCCUUUUACGUGCGUCCUCCCUCCAUCACGGCGGGGAAGGGGACGGUAGGUGGGCCGAGUGAAGCCGCUACUGCCUCACUCGUGGGCACCCCACCACCACCGCCGCCAUCCUCCUCCUCUCCUCCUUCUUCGCCGAGGCUGCCAGAGGAGCCGGAGUCGGCGAGUGCAGCGGCGUUGCUCACGUGGUGUCAGGCACAGCUCUGUGCCGCCCCCGUCACACCCUCUCUUUCCGUAGCGCAGAAAGAGGCGAUGAUGGCACAGCUGCGAGCGGCUUCUCAGGCGGCGCUGCGUGGAGCCGCUGUCGCGCAUCACACCGCUGCGUCGUCGGCUCCUUCUGACCUGUCCGCACUGGACGCACCCGCAGCUGCGCCGUCGGCACCCGAUGCACAGGCAACUGCCGAUCACUCGAACGAAGCCCGUCAUGACUUCCAGAAGGAGAAGACGCCUACGACUGCGAGGCCUUUCCCAGCGACUUCCGCAGCGACGGAGGAAGAGGCAAAGCUGCACGCCCUGCUGCAAUCCGCGCACUCCACCCGCAACGACUGGUCCAUCGCCUUGGAUCUGUUGCAUCGCGUCCCAGCCGAGCGCGUCACCCCACACGUUUUUACGGCUUUAUGUCGCUUACUCGCCAAGCGGAGGCGCAUCUCCGAAUUUGAUCUUCUCGUACGCACCUACGUGUUUCCAGCCGAUCCGGAACUGAGUCAAAGCGAACAGGUACCUCCGCUAGCCGCUGCCCCAACGCAAGCCACCGCCGCCGUGCUUUGUGCUGAUGCCGUGGUGUUGAAGACCAUCGCCGAGGCCUUCCGUCGUCUGCGCUGCCCUCGACUCGCGAAGGAGCUGCUUCUCAGCCGGCCCCUCCGUGCCCACCUCACGCCCUCUGCAGCCGUCCCGGUGGUCAUGGUCCUGCGGGACGCGGAGGCGUACGCGGAGGUGAUUGAGUGGUGGACGGCUCUGCGCAACGGCGAGCCGACGCCGCGGUACCCCUUACUGAACCACGCAAAACUCAGCAGCUAUGUUGCCUCCUGUGUCCUGCGCCGUGCCCGCAGCAGCGACGGCGUCGAGCCGAAAUCUACCUUCUCUUCAGAUGCUGGAUGGGUGGAGGCGCUGCGUGUUUUCGAAAGUGCUGAACGCGCCGCGCCCGACCCGGCCCUCGUACUUCUCUUCAAGCUGCGGCUUCUCCGACAGGUGCGUCAGUGGGAAGCAGCGAUGCAGCUCUUCUCCGAGUUUUCUGCGAAUCAUCCCUUCCCGGAGGGUAUCUUGUGGGGCAGCAGGCAUAACAGUAGCAUUAACAGACACAAAAACAGCAGCAGCAGCAGCAGGGGUGAUCACGCACACCGCGCGACGCGAAACUCCACGGAGUAUCCCACAACCAUCGAAAAUGUCUUUGCCGUCUUGACGGAGGAGCGAGCGGAGCAGUGGUUGCCGGCGGAGGCGUUGCGGGAACUGCGGCAGGAAGUGACGCAAUACAGGCAUCCAGCCACGUAG